GCGGCAACCGCUUCCCUUGGCCCGUCAUUCCCGCGCCUUUCUGGGACUCUGUUGGCUCGAUCCGGGUGCGGGAACCAUGGCCCCUCCCGCGUCAAGCCGCGAGCCCAGGUCCGAGCUGAAGCCGCCAUUCCCAAGCCCGUCCCCUGCACCAGCGCUCCACGCCGGCCGCGCCGGGGUUCGCGGGAGCGGGUGGCGAGGCCUGCGCGCCCACACCCCGCUCUCCAAGUCGCGCUUCCCGGGGAACAGGGCUCGGCUCCCGGCCCCCUGCAAUGUUGAGCCCCUCCCCUCUCUGGGCACUCCGAGCACGGGGCUCCCGGGCCCCUGUGCUUGGGACUCGGCUGCAGGCGCGCAUGGUAUCGGCGUGACCCCUGCUGCUGGAGGGGCUCUUCAGCCCAGAGACCCCCGCACUGAGCUCGGGGCACAGGGGGCUCUCGCAGGAGGCUCCGGGAUCCUGGGCACCCUGAGCGCACUCUCGCUCCCCUCUCGCGCAUCCCUAAGCCCAGGGCUCCUUAGUCUGACCUGCUGGCGCUGGAAGGCUGAGACAGGAGGCGCCCGCCACCUGUGGGCGCCAGUGCUCCCUGCUUGUAGCCAAAUGUCAGCUGGCCGGUUCCCCUCGCGCGCCAACCAAGCCAAUGCUGGCAGGUUGGCAGUGAAAGCCCAGCACAGAGAGAACUGUUGCAACCAGGUGCCUAGCACCUGAUCUUGUUAGCUCCGGUUACUACAAAGGACUUUGCCAAGUUCAGCUGCUUCUCUCCCUGACUAAGGAGCGCUGGCGCCUGGGGAAGCAGGUAUAUGGACUACAAGAUGGACCCCAGUCUCCACGUGUCUACACCACAGGUAUAUUGGCUCCAAG